AACCAGACUAAUGCGGUCUUAGAGAACACUUAUCGUGCCCCACAGAAUGGGUUUCUAGGCUUGUUAGGCAGUCAAAUGACCAAAGAUUGCUUUAAUAAUGAUGGCUUAAAGGGUUUUAACGAAAGAUGCAAUGGAGGCCUCGGAAGCUUAGAUGAUGUAGGAAAGUUAUUAGACCUUUGCGGGGAUUAUGAUAGUUGCUUUAAGAACCUUAGAUAUAGUCAGAUUUGUGACAGGUAUAACAUUUCCCCUCCAACACUACCAUUAAGUCCACCGAUGUCACCCCAUAGGCAGAGGAACUAUCCUUGGCCAGCCACCCAUCAAUCCCAAAUACGCAAUCCUAAUGUACCUGCUGGAAUUGAACAAAAUGGGUUUGCCAUGGGACUACAGUCGAACCCGGUGAAUAAUUUUGGUACUGUUUUCGAGGAAAAGAGAAGGCCACAAGGAAUUGGUACUUACUUCCCUAGGACGAAUACUUGUACAUAUAGAGACAGGCAAUCUCAAGCAAAGGGAAAGAGUCAAGGACAGAUGACUCGGAGUCAAUUGCAACGGCUAGAUUGCAGUAAUAAUCAAUCAUCCGCAACUCCACAAGAACUGAGCAUAUAUACGGGAGGCGGCCUUGAAUUUUCGGAAGCUGAAUUUCCAGUUCUUGGUAACGGCAAAACGGGAUCAUCAGGUUCACCACCACCACCCUUGUCUUACCUUUCAAGAUGGAAAACUCCGCAUGGUAGUAGUAGUAAUGAUUCCUGGCCACACGAUGAAGUUGUUGAACCUUGGCCGAUUAACCCCGAGCCUUGUGAUGCAACCAUCCCAGAAGCAAGCAGCAGCAGCAGCAGCAGCAGCCCAUUAGAGCAAGUUGUUACUUCAGACCUUCAGGGCUCAUCAUCAUCUGGGAUUGGGUCGUCAGCUACAGAAGGUCUUAAACGAGACGACGAAAACAACCAAGAAAGGGUUGUUGUUGUUGUUGCUGAACAAGCUUUCCAUUUGAAGAACGAUGAAGAUUUUCCCCCACUCUCCCAUUGAGUGUCGUAGUAGAGGUGAAGUGAAUGCAGCAGACAACAAUGAAGUGUAGGACUUUUUACCUCUGUCUCUAGCUGCUGCUGGUCUGGUAGGUGCGGCAUCCAAGAAAGAGCUGUGUAUAUUUGAUAGAAUCAAUGGCCUCCGACACUUCCUUGACCGUUUACUGGAAAAUGGAGGUAUUGGAGUGAGUAGGUGAACUUGUGUUUAACUGUGUGAGAUACCACCACCACCAUAGAUUGCAUCAGUAGUUAUGUGCUUUCUGCUCUGUAAAACUGCCUAUGUUGAAUGCACAAAAGUCACACACAACUGUGUUGAACCUAAAACCUAUUUCUUGUGCUUCAAUGUUUGAGACAGCCAUCCAAUGUGGACUGUGCACACACAGAUAUUAACUUCCCAAUUAUGCUCUAGAAAACCACUUUGUUUUCCUUCA